UUAGGAGCCCUGAUCUAUGCCUCCAUUGACGCUUACUCACGGUUUAUUACGUGGUUCUACGUGGGCAUAUCCUCUAGUACGUCACGAAGCGUUGUUGCACAGUAUCUCGAUGUUCUCUCGCAGCGGAAAACCAUGCCAAAUAUCAUCCGUUCCGACCGCGGCCAAGAGACAAUCCUUAUGGCUGGAGCACAUUAUUACCUUUCGAAGACCCGCGUACGCGCACGGGAAGGUAUCCCACAAGAUGUGCGCUUUCGAGACUGCUGGAUCUAUGGCAAAAGCACGCAUAACGAAAAGAUUGAGAGCUGGUGGCUUCGAUUGAGUAGGGGUAGGGCUAAAUUCUGGCGGGAGUAUUUUGGUGAAAUUACCGCACUUGGCCAUUUCUCGAACGACUCCCUACCCGACCGUAUUGCAAUGCUCUAUCUCUUCAUGCCGAUCCUGCGGGCUGAGUUUGCCGACUUCGUACUUACGUGGAAUUCGCACUACAUUCGCAAACAACGCAAUAGGCCGCAUGUGGUUCCUGGGCAGCCAUGGACCCUCUACUUUCAGCCUACCGCACGGCAGGUUGAGAGCUUUGCAGAGGUUAUCCCUCAAGAUCGAUUACAAACGCUCCAAGAUAUCUUCGACGGGGACCGUAUUGAUCUUGAUGCCUACUUGCCAGAAGAUACAAUAGCUAUCUGUGAUCGCAUUCUUAGAGGCCAGGAAGAUCUGCCAAGAGAUCCGCCACAGCAACCUAAGCUUUCAGCGUAUCUAUUCCUACGAGAUCGUUUACGGCAGUACAUUAGGAGUAAGCAGCAGCCAGAGCUGGCAUUAUUGGAGACGCCUACGGGUGGCCUAGACCGCGUACGUGAUCAUUUGGCCACUCACGAUAUCGAUACUGCUUCGCUUUUGGAACGCAUUGAGGAGGAAGAGAUUGACUGGGGUGAGGGAGACCAACUAUACGACUAG